UAUUUUUAGUAUCCCAACUCAGUGACGUAAUUCGAAGCGCUCGCGCGCGCAGCUAGCUGGCGCGAAAAUCAAAGCGCGAGUGUGUGUCUGUUGCUAGCUGGCUGGAGCCUGCGUUUGUUGAUUAUGGCCACGCAGCAGACCCAGUUCCCGUUACUCACGCAGAGACACGUCCACCACAGCUCAGUGUGGACACUCAGAGGCUACUCAGUUCCCACUCUCUGUCUGGCCUGCGCCACAGAGCGACUGGAAGACAGAGCUGACCUGUCCCUCCACCACAGAAGGGUACUGGGAGAGCUACAGGGACUGCUGACUGCCAAAGACAGUUCUCUCGUCCGUAUGCUGUCUUCUGACAGGAGAGUGCUGGAUCACCUGUCCACCACUGUGUUCGGUCUGCUUGUAACACAAGAUGGAACAACUGCCCAGCUAGCGAUGGAAGUCCUGAGUGCGAUUUCUGGUCAGUUUUCAGCGACAGAUUUGCCCAGAAAACUAAUGCAGAAAACUAUUCAAACAGUUAUGGCAACACAAAGAUGUUCAGAUGGACUCCCUUACCUGACGUUCCUUGGUCGGAUGCUAUACUCCUUGCCCCCUCUCUGCACCGAAAUGACAAAUUCAUUUGGUGGCUUUCUUGAAUACCUGCUAAGAGGGUUGGCCUACCCGGAUGAAGAUGUGAAAUCAGCAGUGGUGUACAUGCUGGCUCAGCUGAGCAUGAAGACACCUCAGGACUCCCUCCCUGCCAGCCUUGUGCAGGCUGUCUGUGGACUCAUUUCCUCCAACCUGGCAUCUGCCAAGUCCCACACACUCACUCUCAACCUCUUGGGUCUGGUCAAAGGCAUGCUAAAGAGCAGUGUCUAUGCCCAGUGUCUG